AUGGCCGGUCUUUCGCCCGAUCAAGUUGCCUCGUUCCAAGAGAAUGGGUAUCUUGUCCUACCGGACUACCUCAACCCCUCAGAAAUCGAGUCUCUCCUCACGGAAACAAACACGCUCCUCAACGACUUUUCGCUGGAAAGCCACCCCCUCACGCAAUUCACCACCGGUGACGACGACGAAGCCGACCAUGUCGGCGACGAUUACUUCCUUAGCUCGGGCGACAAAAUUCGCUUUUUCUUCGAACCAGAUGCCUUUACCUCCGAACUCGAUCCGCUAACCGGGCGCCCCGCGCUGCUGAAGCCGAAGAAUCUGGCCGUGAACAAGAUCGGACAUUCGCUGCACACUCUCUCGCCACCCUUCAAGGCCGUCUCGCUGACUGAGCGUAAUGCGGCUGUUGCGCGAUCGCUGGGUUUCCAGGAUCCUCGCGUCCUGCAGAGCAUGGUUAUUCUCAAACAACCGUCUAUCGGGGGCGCGGUGCCCUCGCACCGAGACUCCGAGUUUUUGUAUACCAAUCCACCUUCGGCUGUGGGUUGGUGGUAUGCUCUUCAAGAUGCGGGGCCAGGAAAUGCUACACUGGGGAUGUGGAAGGGAUCGCAUAAGGGGAGAAAAGGUGGGCAUAUUACCCGGCGCUUUGUGAGAAAGUGUGAUGACGCAGGUACGGAGUUUGUGGAAAACAUCGGGCCUUCAUUACCAAUGGGCAUGGAGGAAGACAAGGUCGGGGAGCCUGGUGAUGAGGAUCUCGAGAUAUUGAAUAUCAAGGCUGGCUCGCUGGUUCUUAUUCAUGGGAAUGUCUUGCACAAAAGCGAGAAGAAUACCAGCCCACGGAGUCGGUACGCAUAUACUUUUCAUGUCAUUGAAGGGGCCGACGGGUGGGAGUACGAUAAGAGAAAUUGGCUGCAGCCCCCGGAGGAGGGCUUUUCAAAGUUAUCUUAG